ACAGGACUGACAUUAAUAUAGUGAAAUCAUAUUGUAUUAUUAUAUUGAGUGCUGCUCUUACCGAUUGCAAACUGUACUAGAUCUCACCUCAUAAAUAACGAGAAAACCGUCCUGACAAUACAUUAUAGGAAAAUAGGAGCAAUGAUAUUAAAAGAAUUUGCGGAUCAAUCGACCAUACACGGUCUUCACUAUGUGAGCAACGUCAAGUGUCACUGGACGGAAAGGUUGUUUUGGUUAAUUUGUUGUAUUCUGAGUUGGUUUGGUUCCGCGUUGUUGAUGAUGAACUCCUGGGAAGCGUAUCAGACGAACGCUAUUAGUUUCGUAGUGGAAACCAGUUCGUUGGAGUUUCAAACGACUUUUCCGGCGGUCAGCGUCUGCGAAAUGAAUAACGUUGCUAACAUUCAGAAAUUGGCAAACAAGAUAUUUGGUAACAAUAGGAAUUUCAAUUUGGAUGAAAUUGUAAAAGAGAUAACUUACUUCAAAGGAACUUCCUAUUAUAUCAAUGAAUUUUGUAUGACUGGACAAUAUAAUUGCCCGAAAAAUAAUUUCAGUAAAAUAGCAAUGUCUACAAGAAGUACUUGCGAUGAAGUAUUUUUAAAUUGCACUUGGAAUGACAAUCGUGAGUUUGACUGUUGUAAGCAUUUUGUUCUUACUGAAACGGAACUGGGAAUUUGCUACACACUUACAAUGGAAAACGAAUCGCCAGAUUCUGAUGAUUACAUUAACAUGUAUUCAAACCGGGGUACAGGUCCAAGCAAUUUACUCAUAAAAUUGUCAUCACCUAGUCAGGUUUUUAUUCACUCAGUAGUAGACGUACCAUAUUAUAAUACAAUAAGUACUGACAUUUUACCUGCCAUGAUGGGUAUUUUUAAACAAUAUAAGUUUGUUAUUAAAGACAUUGAAAAUGAAGAUGAAGUCAAAUUUGUUGGCAUUACGCAACGCAGAUGCAGAUUUCCAUUAGAGAAUGAACUAGUUGUCAGUUCAAAAUACAGUUAUAGUUCUUGCAUUGUAGACUGCCGUCGUCGAAAGCAACUAGAGAUGUGUAAUUGUACUUCUCAUUUAAUGCCUAACAGUAAAGCAAAUGAACAAUGUGAUAUAAAUGGACUUAUAUGUUUAAAUACACAUUAUGCAGAAUUAUCGGUGUUAAAAAAAAAGAAAAGUAAGCGUCCAGGUUUAGAAUGUCAUUGUGUACCUUCCUGUAUUGAAGCUGAAAUAAAUGUCAUUACAGUUGAAUCAUUUAUAACUAAUGAAAAUGAAUCAAUUAUACAAUUAAUGAUGGACCGAUUACCAGCAGAGCGACUUAAACGCAAUGUUGUUAGAGGAAGAUUAGAUGUCUUAGUUUCAUUAGGAGGUUCUGUUGCAUUAUUUGUUGGAGCAAGUAUAUUAAGCUUUUUGGAAAUUAUUUACUAUUUUAUUAUACGUAUGCGCAAUGUUAAAAUUCCAAAUUUAAAAAGAUCUAAGACGUCAAAACUUGAAUUCAAGAUAAAAUAAUAAAUAGUAGAAUAAUUGGACAGAACAAAAUUUAGAUGCACAUAUUUUAUUUUUUGAAGUCACAUUAUACAAAUGCUUAAAGUAACAAAUAAAUAAUGUUAUUCUCAUAAUAAAAUAUUAGUUAAAUCAAGUUUAAUUAAUUAUUAUAUACACUUCAUUCUAUAAAUUAUUUAAGUAUAGUUUUUUUUUAUUUUAUAUACUUACUUAUGUAUUUAAGCAUGC